ACUAGCCGUUCAGUUGUAAACGAGCAGGGCAAUAUUCUUGUACGCCCAUCUCCCUUUCUCCGUGUGCCUCUUUUCCUUCGCCUCUCUCUCAAGGAAUACCGUCUGCUUGCGUAGUCGAAACGAGAUCGAGACUCGCUGGUUAGGAAGAGGCAUCUGACAAAACGAAAGACAUCAACCUCCACAAUGGCCUCCACGUGGCAAUAUCGCCCGCAAUCAGCGCCCCGCCGCCAUCACUCAGCCUCGAUACAAGGCCCCACGCUAUUGCUUCUCCCCUUCCUCCUCCUCGCCCUCACCUACCUUGAUUUUUCCUCCGCGCAAAGCGCGCCUCCUUCCGCCAGUCCCCCUUCCGCCAGCCCGUCUCCGCCUCCCCCCUCACCCCCGCCGUCCUGCCCUUUCAGCGGGCUACAGCCGUCCGCUCCUUCGGUAUCACCUGCCCGCUGCCCGGCCGCGGCAAAUCUUUCCUGCUGCCCGUCCUGUAACGACCUGAGCGGCGCGCUACAGCUGGUUUCGGCUAACAUGAGCGAAUUUGUAGCGUUGAUAAGCCCCGGCGCUGCAGUGGAUCCGAGCCUGGGAGUGUGCAACGGGUUCGAGGGACAGCAGCGGUGCCUGCAGCUGCUCGAGGAUCUCAACUGCGGCUCGUCGUGCAACCCAGAUUCGGGGGCGUACAUCAGCGGCACCAGCAUGCGCGUCUGCUCCUCCUUUGCAUCGACCAUCUUCGACGCGUGCAGUCCCGUGUGGAUGCACAACGUGUCCCUCUCUGCGCUCUUCCCCGACGCCCCCUCCCUCCUCGCAUCCUUCGCCGGCAAUGUAACGAAACUCAUGGGAUCCAUGGUUACCACUUUCGCCAUCGACGAUUCGUCCACCUGUUUCAACGGCACUGGCGUCUACCCGCAAUACACGGCCUGCUGCGACCCCUACUCCACCCUCCCCUCCUGCCCAGCAGCCUCUCUAGACCCUUCUAAGUACCAGUCCGUAGUUAAUCGCUCCAUAGACAGCAAUCGCUGCAUGGGAUUGGCUUCUCCGCCGCCCCCGCUAUCUUCCCCGCCUCCUUCCCUUGCGCCUGCUUCCGCCCCCGCUUCCGCCCCCGCGUCCCUCCCCACCUCUCCACCCUCAUCCCCCCCCUCCCCCGCUUCCUACCCCAUCUGCCCUUUCACGGGUAACUUUCCCUCCGUCCCUGCGCUUUUUUCGCCUGCCCGCUGCCCGGCCGCCGCGAACCUUUCCUGCUGCCCGGCCUGUAGCGAUCUCAACGGCGCGCUGCAGCUAGCAUCCGCUAACAUGAGCGACUUUGUAUCGAGGAUAAGCCCUGGGGCUACAGUGGAUCCGAGCCGGGGGGUGUGCAACGGGUUCGAGGGCCAGCAGCGGUGCCUGCAGCUGCUGGAAGAUCUCAACUGCGGCUCGUCGUGCAACCCAGAUUCUGGUGCUUACAUAAGUGGAACCACCAUGCGCGUGUGCCCUGCUUUUGCUGACGUCAUCUUCAGCGCAUGCAGCCCUGUCUGGAUGUAUAACGUGUCCCUUUCCCAGCUCUUCCCCGACGCCUCCUCCCUCCUCGCGUCGUUCGCCGGCAAUGUAACCCAGCUCCUGGGGUCAAGCGUUACCACUUUCGCCAUCGACAACUCCUCCGCCUGUUUCAACGGCACUGGCAUCUACCCGCAAUACACCGCCUGCUGCGACCCCCUCGCCACCCCCUCCACCUGCCCCGCCACCGCUCUAGACCCCUCCAGAUUCCCUUCUGAGUUGAUGAAUCGUACCAUUGACUCUCAGACUUGCAUGGGCUUCCCCCCUCCUCCUCCUCCCGCUGCUCCCUCCGCUGCUUCCCCCUCUACUGCUCCCCCCUCAGCCGCGUCCCCCUCCGCGCCCCCCUCCGCCGCUUCCCCCUCCGCUCCCGCCUCCGCCUCCUCCCCCCCUUCCGCCCCAGCACCCGCCUCGACUUCCGCACCCCCUCCCCCGACAGUUACGACCUUCCCCAAGUGCCCCUUCACCAACAACAGCCCGUACCCGCCCAACAGCGCGAUGCCGCGCUGCCCUGCUGCGGCGAACCUUUCGUGCUGCACGGCGUGCCAGGACCUAGACGCGGCUUUAAAGCUCGUCUCCACGAAGCUGGAUGAUGUGGUGAAGCGCGUUGGCCCCGCGAAUUCCGCGGAUCCCAGCCUCAAGCUGUGCGAUCUCUACAGUGAUCUCAAGUGCGAGCAAUCAGUCGAGGACAUGGUCUGCGCGCUGACGUGUAACCCAGAUGCGGGCCGGUAUGUGUCUGUGUCAUCCGGUGCUGUCUCAAUGGCUGUGUGCCCUAGCUACGCCUCAUUCGCCUAUGCUGUGUGCAAGGGAACUACAGUUGGCAACAUGACUAUUGAGUCAGCCUUUCCGGAUGCAUCUAUAUUCCUGAGCUCAGUCGUCAGCAGCAUUUUAGGCGUGGCCCUGGGCUAUGGCACCUUCACCAUCACUGUGCAAGAGACCUCCUGCUUCAACGGUUCCCCCCUGGUUCCAACCACCCCUGCCUGUUGCGACCCCCUCUCCCUCCCCUCCUCCUGCCCCCAAGGCUCCAUCGACCCCACCCAGUACCCCGACAUCAUCGGCCGACCCAUCAACUCCUCUCUCUGCCUCUCCGCCCCUCCUCUCUCCCCUCCUCCUGCCCCUGCUUCCGCCUCCUCCCCCUCUCCUCCCUCUGCUCCUGCCCCUGCUUCAACCACCUCCCCGUCUCUCUCUCCUGCUACUCCCUCUCCUCCCUCAUCCACCUCUGGCGCCCUGGCUGGUUCGGAUAGCACCGGAGCCAAGCCUCCCCCUCCUCCCGCUUUUAAGGGUGCCGCUGCCUCGUCACCUGCUGCUGCGGCGGCAGCAGUGCUGGCGGCUGCUUUGCUAGCUAUAGCUGCAGCAGUCUUGUGAGGGGUUUGAGGUUUAUAUCCUCGCUGUAGUAUUGUGAGUACUGACUAAGAAGGCAACUUUAGUGGGUGACUCUAGUGGUUUGCGGAGGCCUCCGUUUAGGGGGGUUGGGCCUUGGUCUUCGUCCAGAAUGCAUGGCCCUGCGAGGCCUGGUGCAUGGCUUUAGGGGGGUGUAGCUGUGCCUAGCCUUACACAGGUGUGGCCGGUGGGCUGACGUAGGUUGUGGGCUGAGGGUAAGGGUGUGAUGUGAAUGUAUGCACUAGUUGUAGGUGGUAUCUCGGCAGGUAGAGCGUGGUUCGUGGCAGGUUCUGGAAACGUAUACCUUUCAGCUCUCGUCCGUGUGAGAAUGACAUAGACUGAUGUACUAACGGCCAUAGUUUGUUCUUGUUG